AUGGCUAGCAGCCUGAGAGCUUCAUGCAUUUUCUUACUAUCAUUGACAGCCCUUUUGACCAUCACAAGUGCUGCAACCUUAAAUGUGAUCAGCUUUGGUGCAAAAUCAGAUGGCAGGACUGACUCAACUCAGUCAUUCCUCAAGGCCUGGGCUUCAGCUUGUAGCUCUGUCCAGGCAGCCACCAUCUUCGUCCCUCGAGGGCGUUACUUGAUAAAGGCAGCAGUGUUUAGAGGGCCAUGUAAAAACAGGAUUACUGUGCAAAUUGAUGGUACUCUUGUAGCCCCCGAUGAUUACUGGGGUCUAGGAAACUCAGGGUACUGGCUAUUGUUCAUUCAGGUCAACCGCCUCUCGGUUAUUGGCGGAACUCUGGAUGCCAAGGGAGCUGGAUUUUGGGCAUGCCGCACGUCAGGGAGAAACUGCCCUGUCGGAGCCAGGUCAAUAACUUUCAAUUGGGUGAAUGAUGGAGUGAUCAGUGGCUUGACAUCGAUUAACAGCCAGCUUAUGCACGUAGUGGUUAACAGCUGCAAGAAUGUAAAAGUUCAAAAUGUAAGGAUUGUAGCUCCAGACCUGAGCCCAAAUACAGAUGGCAUUCAUGUCCGAGGCUCAACAGGUGUCACCAUCAGUGGCAGUAGCAUUCAAACGGGAGAUGACUGUGUAUCAAUUGGUCCUGGAACAAGAAACCUGUGGAUGGAGAAGAUAAACUGUGGCCCCGGACAUGGUGUCAGCAUAGGGAGCCUGGGCAGAGAUUUCAAUGAAGAUGGCGUCCAAAAUGUGACACUAACAAAUUCAGUGUUCAGUGGAUCCGACAACGGCUUGAGAAUAAAAUCAUGGGCAAGACCUACCACUGCAUUUGUCAGCAACAUCAAAUUUCAGAAUAUCAUCAUGAAGAAUGUGGAGAAUCCCAUUAUCAUUGAUCAGAACUACUGCCCCGACAACCGAGGUUGUCCUCGCCAGACUUCUGGUGUAAAGAUAGAUCAAGUUAUAUACCAAAAUAUACAGGGAACAUCAGCCACACCGGUCGCUGUAAUUUUCGAUUGCAGUCCUAGUAAUCCUUGCAGAGGCAUCAAGUUGCGAGACAUAAAGCUCACCUAUUUGAAUAGGAAAGCACAAUCACUUUGCAAGAACAUAGGAGGAACUGCAGCAGGAGUCAUCACGCCAGAGAGUUGUUUAUAA